AUUAUCUGAUCUCUGUCUCUGUGUUUAAGGAUGCAAGGUCUAAUAUUCAUUCUUCUUUCCUGCAUCCUGAUCUUGACUCCUUCAUGUGCUAGGGUUCUUCUUUCUCCAGCUGCAGGAAAUACUUUCAAUGUGAUUCAUUAUGGUGCUGUUGGAAAUGGCCAAACUGACGAUUCACAAAGUUUUCUAAAAGCAUGGGAGGACGUGUGCGGAGCAUCUGAAGGCACCCCAACCCUCGAAAUACCAAACGGAAUGACAUUCAUGCUGAGCGCUGUUGCUUUCAAAGGCCCCUGCAAAACCAACAGCGUCCAUGUUCAGCUUCAAGGAACGAUCGUUGCACCAAGCAGAGAUGCAUGGAAUGGCAAUGAUAAGUGGAUUCAAUUCUCAGAAAUAAAUGGCCUAAUAAUUGAUGGGGGUGGACUAAUUGAUGGUCGGGGUUCUUCUUGGUGGCAAGAUUGCAACUCGAAUUGCGAGCGGCCAACGGCUCUUCACAUCAACGAUUGUCAUGGCUCCAGGCUAACUGGAAUAAGGCAUCUGAAUAGCGCUAAAAACCAUAUAAGCAUUGCUAGCUGCAGUGACUUCUAUAUAUCUGAUCUCGAAAUCACUGCCCCUGGCGAAAGCCCAAACACUGAUGGAAUUGACAUCUCUCGCUCUACCACCAUUACUAUUGAAAAAUCCACAAUAGGAACCGGUGAUGACUGUAUUGCUAUUAACGGCGGCACGUCUAAUAUCAAAAUCACCCAAGUUACUUGUGGUCCGGGCCACGGUAUAAGCAUUGGAAGCCUUGGAGAAGAUGGAAAUUACGAUACAGUAGAAGAAGUAUACGUGCGAGGCUGUACUUUCAAGGGGUGUCAAAAUGGUGCAAGAAUCAAGACGUGGGAUGGUGGAGCUGGAUAUGCAAGGAAGAUCACUUUCGAGGACAUCACCCUUGAAGAUAGCCAACACCCUAUCAUCAUUGACCAGUUUUACACCAGUCAUGAUGGUACUCGAGGCCCCAGUAAGGGGUCGAGCGUAGCAGUGAGUGACGUGACUUACCGUGAUGUGCGGGGGACUUCUGCAGAUGAUGAAGCCAUAAUUUUCAAUUGCUCGGAGGAAAGCUGCAAAAACAUUGUAUUGGAUCAAAUAGACAUAACUUCGUCUGUCCCAGGAAAGAAUGCUCAUGCUGUCUGCAAGAAUGCCGAAGGGACAGCUACUUCUACUGUUCCAUCUGUGCCUUGCCUUUCAAAUUGAGUAUCUUCAUGGCCAUUUCCGGACGUUGGUCUUUUUUAAUGAUCUUUCCAAGGCGUUAGGUUUGAUAAUCUAGAUCUCAGGUAUAGCCAGAAGUAUAUGCAUGUACAAGCCAGCUUGCGAGUACGUAGUAUAUACAAAUAAGGUUUUUACAAGAGUUUUGCAUUCAGAAAAAUAUUGUAAUGAGCUGUGAGGGAUCGGUGGAUGCAUGGGCAUUAAACUAGUACCCUAAUAUCAUGUACUUCAUGCACUUCUUCCAUAGAUUAGAAUUUAGAUCAAAUAAAGAUCUUCUCAAGUGGCUUUUUCGAUUAUUAAACUAGUACUGCCUAUAUAU